CCGUGUCCCCGGUGCCCCCGUCCCCGGUCGUUCCCCAGGACAGCGGUCCCGGGAUCGCGGCGCGCCCGCCGCUCCCGCUGUGCGCGCUCCCCCUUAAAGCGGCGAUGCCGCCGGCGCAGCGCGGCCGCCCGGGGCCGGGCCGCGGCCCGUUUAAGGCGGGGCCGGGCCGCGCGGUGGAACGGCCAUGCUGCGGGCCCGGUGGGUGCUGCCGCUGGCGGUGGGCGCGGGGCUGGGGGCGGCCCUCGCCCGCUGGGAGCGCCGGGAGCACCGGGAGCGGGGCGAUGCGGCCGAGGGGCUGCUGGCCCGCCUGCCCGUGCUGCCCGCCGUGGCGGCGGCCAGCCUGCCCGCGCCGCCGGGCUCGGUGCGUACCGAGCUGAGCAAGUACGGGCUGCCCGGGCUGGCGCAGCUGCGGAGCCGCGAGUCCUACGUGCUGUGCUACGACCCGCGGAGCCGCAGCGCGCUCUGGGUCAUCGAGCAGCUCAACCGCGACACGCUCAGCGGCGCUUCCGACCGCGCCGCCUGCGACUUCCAGGAGGACGACACGGUGCACGAAUAUCACCGCGCCACCAACGCCGACUACCGCGGCAGCGGCUUCGACCGCGGGCACCUGGCGGCCGCCGCCAACCACCGGUGGAGCCAGAAGGCCAUGCGGGACACGUUCUACCUGAGCAACAUCGCCCCGCAGAAUCCUCAUUUAAAUCAGAAUGCCUGGAAUAACCUUGAGAAGUACUGCAGGAGCUUGGCAAAAAACAACAGGAAUGUCUACGUCUGCACAGGACCCCUCUUCCUGCCCAGGAUGGAGGCCGAUGGGAAGAUGUAUGUGAAGUACCAGGUGAUUGGGAAGAACAACGUGGCUGUCCCCACCCAUUUCUUCAAGGUGCUCAUCUUGGAAAAGGAAAGUGGGGAGAUUGAGUUGCGCUCCUACGUGAUGCCCAACAGCCCUGUGGAUGAUAAAAUCCCCCUGGAACGGUUCCUGGUUCCCAUUGAGAGCAUUGAGAGAGCCUCAGGGCUCCUCUUUGUCCCAAACAUCCUCAGGAGAACAAGUAACUUGAAAGCCAUCACAGCUGGAAAGCAGUGAACCUUGACUAGAACAAAUACAGGUAACCCCUGGCAAGGGACUGGCAAUCACUUGCAGAAUUCCUUGUGUAAAUGUGGGAAUUAAGAUUCAAACCUGUGCUUCUCCACUGUUCCCCUUGUGUCUGACUGAAACACACACAGAGCAGGGCUCCAGAGUGGUCCUGCAGGAGGCUCAGGAGCACCUGACACUGUAGUAGCUCUCUAGGAUUUGCUCCUAAUCCACUGCUGCCUUGGAGUUGUGUGAGGCUCACUCAGGCAGAAAGGGAAGGAGGGGAGCAAGGUGGGUGCCAAGGGAGCAGAGGAGGAGUUCCUGCCUUCCUGUGGCCAAAGAACUGUACUAUUGUUUUCUUUCAGAAGAUGGUUUUAGCAGUAAAGCUUUGAACCCAU